AUGUUAGAAGUCAUAGAAGUUAAUGGGACCCCUGGUAGCCAGCUGUCCACUCCGCGCUCCGGGAAGUCCCCGAGUCCGUCGCCCACCAGCCCGGGAAGCCUCCGGAAGCAGAGGAGCUCUCAGCAUGGCGGAUCCUCGACCUCCCUCGCCUCCACCAAAGUCUGUAGCUCCAUGGACGAGAGCGACGCGCCCGGGGAAGAAGCGGUGGAGGAAGGCCUACAGAUCCCCGCCACCAUCACAGAGCGAUACAAGGUUGGGAGGACGAUAGGAGACGGGAAUUUCGCUGUUGUCAAAGAGUGUGUGGAAAGGUCAACCGCUAGGGAAUAUGCUCUGAAAAUUAUCAAGAAAAGCAAAUGUCGAGGCAAGGAGCACAUGAUACAGAACGAGGUGUCUAUCCUAAGAAGAGUGAAGCACCCCAACAUUGUGCUUCUGAUCGAGGAGAUGGAUGUGCCAACGGAACUGUACCUCGUCAUGGAAUUAGUGAAGGGAGGGGACCUUUUUGAUGCCAUCACGUCCACCAACAAAUACACGGAGCGAGACGCCAGCGGGAUGCUGUACAACCUGGCCAGCGCCAUCAAGUACCUGCACAGUCUGAACAUCGUUCACCGCGACAUCAAGCCCGAGAACCUGCUGGUCUACGAGCACCAGGAUGGCAGCAAGUCACUGAAGCUGGGUGACUUUGGGCUGGCGACCAUUGUGGACGGUCCCCUGUACACGGUCUGUGGCACCCCAACAUACGUGGCACCAGAAAUCAUUGCUGAAACUGGGUACGGCCUCAAGGUGGACAUCUGGGCCGCUGGCGUGAUCACCUAUAUCCUGCUUUGUGGCUUCCCUCCAUUCCGUGGGAGUGGUGACGACCAGGAAGUACUGUUUGAUCAGAUUCUCAUGGGUCAAGUGGACUUCCCUUCUCCGUACUGGGACAACGUGUCUGAUUCCGCUAAGGAACUCAUCACCAUGAUGCUGUUGGUGGACGUGGACCAGCGGUUCUCAGCCCUGCAGGCCCUGGAACACCCCUGGGUGAACGAUGACGGCCUCCCGGAAAACGAGCACCAGCUGUCAGUAGCGGGGAAGAUAAAGAAGCAUUUCAACACAGGCCCCAAGCCCAACAGCACGGCGGCCGGAGUCUCGGUCAUAGCACUGGACCACGGGUUCACCAUCAGGAGAUCAGGGUCUUUGGACUACUGCCAGCAACCAGGAAUGUAUUGGAUAAGCGCGGCUGACGGCAGCCGCGACCUCCGCCAACGGAGCGCGGCCAUCCCUUCGUGGAGGCUGGAGCAGUACGAGGCCCUCCCUGCCUAUCCCAGAGUCCAGGGGGACGCCACCAUGAGAAGGAGCUCCACGGGCCACCCAGAGAGCUACGACUGCUUCCUGCCGCCAAGACACCGGAUCAAAGAAGCCCUGACCACCGCUCUUGAUAAGGAGAGGCAGGUUUUCCGACGAAGACGCCACCAGGAUGUGAGGGCCCGGUACAAGGCGCAGCCGGCCCCCCCGGAACUCAACUCAGAAUCGGAAGACUACUCUCCAAGUUCAUCCGAGACUGUGCGCUCCCCAAACUCGCCCUUUUAA